AUGAUGCUAAAUAAAAGAGUUCUUGCCCUGUGCACAUUUAGCUUACAUGCACUUUUUAUAUUUGUAUGUUUUGCAAAUGAUUUAAGAGUAGGAGAAAAUAAGAAAAUACAAGAUGAUGCUGAAAAGAUUGUUAGUGAGUUAAGAUUCUUAGAAAAAGUAGAAGAAGUCAUUGAAAAGAGUAACAUAGGUGGUAAUGAAAUUGAUGCAGAUGAAAAUUCUUUUAAUCCAGAUACUGCGGUUCCUAUAGAAGAGAUAGAAGAAAUAAAAAUUAGGGAACUAAAAAAUAUAAAGGAAGAACAUAAUAAUAUUAAUAGUAAUAAUAUUGAUAGUAAUAAUAUGAAUAGUUUCGACGGAGGAGAUGUAAAUAUAAAAAAUACAACAAAUGGGACCAAUAUUGAUGAGAAGGAAGGAUAUAAAAAGAAAAAGAAAUUAAGACUGAUUGUAAGUGAGAAUCAUGCAACAACACCAUCGUUUUUUCAAGAAUCUCUUUUAGAACCUGGUGUUUUAUCUUUUUUAGAAAGUAAAGGUAAUUUAUCUAACUUGAAAAAUAUAAAUUCUAUGAUUAUAGAUUUAAAUGAAGAUACAACAGAUGAACAGUUAGUAUCUUAUAUUAAAAUACUUGAAGAGAAAGGAGCUUUAAUUGAAUCAGAUAAAUUAGUAAGUGCUGAUGAUAUUGAUAUAAGUGGUAUAAAGGAUGCUAUAAGAAGAGGUGACAAAAAUAUUGAUCUUAAUAAUUAUAAAAGUAUGUUAGAAGUAGAAAAUGAUGCUGAGGAUUAUGAUAAAAUGUUUGGCAUGUUUAAGGAAUCACAAUAUGUAACAUCAAAAAGAAAAGGAUAUUCAAAUAAUGCACAUGAGAAUGAAACAUUAUCAUUACCUUCUUAUAAAAGAUAUUCAAAAAGUGAUUAUAUAUAUGAAGAUGAUAAUAAUAAUCAUAAUAAUAUUAAUCAUAAUAAUAUUAAUCAUAAUAAUAUUAAUAAUAUUAGUCGUAGUAGUGCAUCAAGUAAAUAUCAUUUUAAUGAUGAAUUUCGUAAUUUGCAAUGGGGUUUAGAUUUAUCUAGAUUAGAUGAAACACAAGAUUUGAUUAAUGAACAUCAAGUGACAAGUACUCGUAUAUGUGUAAUAGAUAGUGGUGUUGAUUAUAAUCAUCCAGAUUUAAAAGAUAAUAUUGAAUUAAAUUUAAAAGAAUUAUAUGGAAGAAAAGGAUUUGAUGAUGAUAACAAUGGUGUAGUUGAUGAUAUAUAUGGUGCAAACUUUGUAAAUAAUUCUGGAAAUCCUAUGGAUGAUAAUUAUCAUGGUACUCAUGUUGCAGGUAUUAUAGCUGCUAUAGGUAAUAAUAAUAUAGGUGUUGUUGGUGUUGAUGUUAAUUCAAAAUUAAUUAUAUGUAAAGCUUUAGAUGAAAAUAAAUUAGGAAGAUUAGGUGAUAUGUUUAAAUGUUUAGAUUAUUGUAUUAGUAGAAAUGCAAAUAUGAUAAAUGGUAGUUUUUCUUUUGAUGAAUAUAGUAGUAUUUUUAAUGCUUCUGUUGAAUAUUUAAAAAGAAAAGGUAUCUUAUUUUUUGUAUCUGCAAGUAAUUGUAGUCAUCAUAGAUCAUCAACACCAGAUAUUAAAAAAUGUGAUUUAUCAAUUAAUCCUAAAUAUCCACCUAUCUUAUCUACUAUUUAUGAUAAUGUUAUAUCUGUUGCUAAUUUAAAAAAAGAUUAUAAUAAUAAUUAUUCAUUAUCAAUUAAUUCUUUUUAUAGUAAUAAAUAUUGUCAAAUAGCUGCACCAGGAACUAAUAUAUAUUCUACUGCUCCACAUAAUUCUUAUAGAAAAUUAAAUGGUACUUCUAUGGCUGCUCCUCAUGUAGCUGCAAUCGCAUCACUCAUAUAUUCUAUUAAUCCUGACUUAUCAUAUAAAAGAGUCAUACAAAUAUUAAAGGAAUCUAUCGUAUAUCUACCUUCCUUAAAAAAUAUGGUUGCAUGGGCUGGAUAUGCAGAUAUAAAUAAGGCAGUCAAUUUAGCCAUCAAAUCCAAGAAAACAUACAUCACUUCUAAUAACCCCAACUAUUGGAAGAAAAAAAGUAGAUAUUUGCAUUAA